AUGUCGACGACAUUUGAUGAUGGCGACGAUUUCAAGUUGGAGCAACAGGCCGACUUUCUACUAGGUGAAAAAAUUGCAGAUGAAGAAUCACGCUCUGUCGGAUCAAAUCAACUAUCAACAGCAAGUUCUUCUUCACCGAAGUCUAGCUCAGAAAAUUUGCCAACUACCAUUGAAACGAUUGUUCUUAACCUGAAGAUAAAAUAUGAUCAUCUGUAUAUACGUAAGUUCGUCACUGAACUCACAAGUCCAGAUGAGAGAUUCAAGAUUAGCAAUCGGAAAUUAUCACUUUUACAACUUUAUACACUUUCCAUAUUAAAUGAUCCAAUCGACACAAGUAAUCAAAAUGUAUGUAAAAUUUAUCGCCCCACACUAUUUACACGUAAGAAUGAUGCAUUUGGUCCGUUUAAUCAUUAUUUUUUACUGAAUUUAUUCGAUAUUGAAUAUGAAUGUCCAAAUAAUUUCAACUUUCCAAAGCUAUGGAAAAUAACAAAUGAAACAAAUGUUAUUGUUAAGGAAAUUAAUUUUAGAUCUAAUGCUGCUGAGAACGAAACAUCAAAGGCAGAAGGCGUUAAAAAUCUAGUUGACAAUGAAAACACAACAUUGUUUGAUGUAUUGCUUACUAUUUGUCGAGAAAAUAAGUAUGAUGAGAGAGAUGCCAACGCAUGGAUUGCCUCACUUCGAAGUAAGUCUGACUAG